AUGGCUCCAGCAACAGAACUCGCCACGUUUCCCAUUGCAAGCGGUGCAGCAGUAGAAGAUCCCAACUCUUCAGCCGGAAAGGUAUGGCAGUCAACGUUAGACACCGUUUCGCAACAGGACGGCUUUCAAAGAUUGUACUGGGGCCGAGAGGUCGAGAACCAGAGCGUGAUUCAACUCUUCAUUGAUUGGGACUCCUUCGACGCCCACAAAAACUUCAUGGCUUCCCCUACCUACGGCCCCUUCGCCAAGCAUCUCAUGACCAUCGUCGACGGGCCCUUGUCCAUGUAUCACGCAAACUUCACCCCUCACCCUCCCACCGCCGCCGUCGGCACCGCCUCCCCCGUCACCGAGGUCCUGACCUGCUACUUUGAAAAAGAGGACGACGGUUUCGAAUCAAAGGUGCACCAGCUCAUCAAAGUGAUUUCGGAGAACGCCGAGGGUUUCAAGGCCGCAUCAGGAGGGUGGGUGAUUGAGGACGUGGAAUACGAGGGGAAGAAGGGGAAGGCGUAUGUGGGGGUGCUGGGAUGGGAGAGCGUGGAGGCGCACAUGUCUUUUAGGGAGACGCAGGCGUUUAAGGAUAACAUACAUUUGCUUAGGGGAGACCCGUUGGGAUUGGAGGUGCAUCAUACGAAAUUUGCGGAAAAUUAG